GAACUGUGUCCUAGUUGUAUAAGUCAUCCAGUGCCUUUUGUGUCCGAAAAGGGAAGGAAGGCCUUUCGGAAUUUACGCUCUGCCCAUAUUUUGACAUUUUCAAAUCCCGACCGUUGGUGCUGUUGUUGCUGUUGUUUUUCUUUUAUUCCCUCCAGUUUUGUGUUCUGUUACUUCUUUUGGGUGUUUGUUCUGUUCAAGCUCCAUCGAUCAAAUAUACUCCUGACACUGGAUAAUUCCAUCUCCACCUCAGCUAUGCAUUCCAUUCGGUACAACCUCUUCCUGGAACUAAAGAUUACAGACAUUUUACUACUUAAACAUGCUAUUAUUGAAACCUACUCUUACAAGUCAUUAAAACCAAACGAUGAUUGGUGUACGUGCUUGCACUGUUGUAUCAUUCCUGAGAGUACAUCCUUACAGACUGACAGGGAAGGUUGGAACCGUUCUUAACCGUUAUACUUCAGAUAUAUGCCUAGUUCUGGAAUUGCUUUCCCAUCUCUCCAGUGUCAUGCUAAUGUUAAGCUGUUCGUUUCACCAUAUUCCCGCUUACCAUCAUUGUCCAUCAUCAUGUGUCUGAUACCUUAUCCCAUCCGUGCAGGAAAGUACGAUAUCAAGCUGAAGUACGGCAUGACGCGAGAACGCGUACCGGUGAUAUUUUCCGAUCCGGAAGAGGAAGCCCGCAAGGCACUGCUUCUGGCGGAAGCACGUGCCCGUGCCGGUGUUCCGGAACGUUCCAUUUUGCGUCCAUCCGCCGCAUCACUGUCUGCGUCAGCCGUUUCGACCAUGCCGGGCACACUUCGUCCAUUGUACACCGGGCUAGGUAACGGUGGCAUGCAGCGGCCACAGGAAAAGAAACCACCAACAGCAAACGCAUGAGUUUAUGAGUCUUAAUCGUUUGAUGGGCCUAUCACCAUUUGGUUUCGUAUCGUGCACACGUGUUUUCGGUGUUCUUGCAGCGUAGCGCUCCGCAGUCCGUAGUCGAUCUGAUUUUUUUUGUUUUCUAAUGACGCUAGGUGGCACCUUAGAAUCCCUCCCUUUUCUUUCCCCGUUUCCCGUUUAUCAGUUUAGCUCUUCACUAGCAAUGCCUAAUUGUGCGUUUAAGUUUUUCGUUUUGGAUUUCUACUUGGUAAUUAAUAUUGGCCACUACUAGCGUAGAGCAGUGUUGCUGCAAUAUAGCUCCUAUCGGUGUUAGACGUAGUGUUUGUUGUAGCCCCAGCAAUUACACUCUGUCGCAUGCAGGCUCUUUGAACUAUGUUGAACGUGUUUGUUGGUCAGUGACUUGAGCAUCUCACUUAUCGCCAUACGGCACUCAGACCAGGCAAGAUAAGCAUUGCAUUUUCUAUCGAUCGAGACCCCCUUUUCAUGCCCUCUCCCUAACGCCUUCCUUGACCGAGCGCACGAACGAACGCUUGUGCGUGAAUUGGAUUCGAUUCUGAUCUGGCACUCCGUGGGGUAAUGGGUCGCGUUUAAAUAACCGAUCCCUGCCCCAUUUGAUGUGUACUAAAUUCGAUGUUAUCAGUGUAAACGAUUCGUUGUAGCUAGCUGUAACAGUAUUGUUCGUACCGUCCGCAUCGUUGUACCGCUGUAUCUAUACACUCGCCGUCGUACUACUUCCGUUGUCACCCUCGAUGUUCGAUAGUGUUUAAGGAUCUAUCGCCUGAUCAGUUCUUUUUUUCGUUUUUUGUUUUUCGUACUCAUAAAUUCCAUUUUCCAUUUUCUUUUUUAACCACUCCACACCGCCACACCGCUCCCAUGCGCCAUCCCAUCCGCUCAUUUC